CAAACACAAGCGCCCCGAGUCGAGAACCAUACAGGUAAUCAUCGGUGGCUAUGCACGCCCGCCAGGUGCGCCGCUCAACAGCUCUCGCUCGUCAGGUGCCUGGUACUUGCGUCGCCUGAAGUGCACCAUCUCUGCCUUCCAAUAUUGAGCAGGGGUCCGAGAAAAAAGCUCUGCAAUUCUCAAUGUUCGCUUGGAACCGUAGCAGUUCCGAGAGAGUUGAUCCGACCUCGAUUCGCCGGACCUGAUGCCCUUGCACGAAACGGUCCCAUUCGAGGUCUUUGAAAUUUUGAACUCAUUAUUGUAUAUACACAACCUCAGCGCGAGUUACGCUUUUUAAGGAUUCGGCGCGAGGCCUUCAGAUGGCGUGAUAACAAACACCCACCCACCAUGCAUCACCGGCUGGACAACUAAUACAUACCUGCUAUUUACUAUGCAGGUAGGUAAGUAUCUCAGAGAUAGCAAGGAUACGGGUCAAGUGAUCAUGCUAGCUCUUGAGCAGCUCCGGUUAUUGGAGCACUAGGAAAGCAAUCCCGGCAAUGGUGCCUGAGUCCAACUUGAACUGCAGGGCACUGCAGCCUGAGGAGCUUGUGACAGUGAUGAUACGCUAUCAUCCUACGCUGGCCAGCUUCAUUUUGUCAAACAUUCUGUCAAUCUGACUUGAUGGAUUCGCACCGGAUAGCCAAACCUUGACCUUACAGCUCCAGCAGCAUGUGUUCGAUAUCAGUUUCGACUGUCAUCGUGGCGAUGUGGCAGUGGGUGAAGCAGCGACGUUUAUUUGGGUCCAAGGUGGCUGCUUGGUUCCAGGCCAUCUACAGUUUUCAACAGACAGACGACGUGGAUCACUAUAUCUACGUCCGGAUUCAUCCUCGAUAUGCAACGUUCUCGACGGAGGUAUGUCAAUGUCCUAUGCGGAGAACGCAGCCAUGGCCCACGGUCCGCGUCUAAAAUGAGUUACCGGUUGACCGGGGACUAGUCCUUAUCCUCUUUCGAAGGGCAGAGCCUGUCAGAUUAGAUGGGAAGGCUGCCACGUUCAAGAGUGCGGCUCCUUCCUCGGGGGACCGUCGCUACUGACGAGUGAGCAGAUGCCCCUGGCAAAUUGUUUGCUCCGCUCGCUUUAUGCCCAACGCUGGAGGAGUGAGCACUGGCUCAGCACUGCCGAAUGCCGCAACGUGAGAGGAACUUUUGCCUGAGGCUGUGGAUUGGCUCCUUUCGGGGUUCCCGAUCUCCUACGAUUGUGCGACUUGCAUGUGGAAUUCAUUCCUUCAUCACAUCUUACUGUCAUCCAUCUCCUUGUUGCGUGUUGCUGUGAGGAUGGCUUGUGGGAUAAUGGUUGGUCCAGAGGAGGUGCCCACUUGCAGGAAAGGGGGGUUGACCAUUGAGAUAGAAGUUCAAAAUGUUCCGAGUCUUGCUGGGUCGGAUAUGGUUUUGGACGCGAACUGUUUGACAGGAACGAGCCAAUAUUUGGUAAAGGUGUCACGGCAGUGGGCAGAAAGGAGAACAGCCUUACAACUAGUCCUCUCGUCUCAUCCUCAACUUCUAGGAAGUCCAGGAUCUCGCCGAGAGUGCAUGACUGGGAUGGCCAGAGGGGAAAACCCCUCUAUGUCUUUGGAAAGCACGAGAAAACCGUCGGUGGGAGGCUUCCAAGUUCUGCCAGUUCCAACCACGAUCUCGACUUUACGAUCUCCAUCCCUGAUCUGCGGUGCAUUGCUAGGGCAGGAUGUAAUGCCCACGUCAUAUCGGUCAGGGACAGGAGGUGGUGGAGAGCCAAUACCUACCGUCUUCAUCGAGGCGGAUACGUAUUCAUUGUUGUCGCUUACCGGACUACGAGGGCAUUACGGCAUGUCCCGACCUAAACGUACCAUGACAACCAGGGGACCUGGCCAUAGGUCCUGGCCUUAUCCAUGUCCCAUUGAUGAGACGGCCGAUCUCUGAUGCAGUGCCCACAGAAAGGGGUGAUCCAGGAAGAGGCGCGGCUCUGGACAUGAAUUCUGUGUAAUUCAGGGCAGUCGACCGAUCGGGAUGUUGAUGAAAUCAUCUUGACGUGAGUUUGUCCCGGAGCAACACUUCCGGGCGAUACUGGAACUUCCCUGGAAUUCUUUCUGUGGAGAGCUGUGGACUCCAGUUGAUGGGCCUGUCCCUAAUCCUCCCGCUAUCCAAGUAGUAUUGAGUAUUGGUAUGCAUCUACUCCUAGGCAGCUUCCUAGAACAUUCGUCACCCAGUUUGGCUUGGACUGUGAGAUCACCCCCCGGGAUAGGGGACCCUACCCUAGACCAGACGCCCGAGUUUGUCGCAGAUGCGCAGAUUCGGAGUGGGAGGGGGCAAUGAUCGUCGAAAGGCUGCGCUCCGGAAGAAGCCUUGCAACGUUUGACCACUGGCUGGAGGAACACAACGUCCCACUUUCUCCGCAAUUCGAUACGUUGAAAAUGCCACCGCAGGGCUAUAAUCCCUUGUACCUUGUAGUCACAACUUGAACUGCCUUUGUUCUCACAUUCUAGAGGUACGUACCUAACCAUUAUUGCAGCCUCAGGCUGAGCUUCAUCUGGAUUGCAUCAUGAUGCCCCGAUUAUCACUACGAACCCCCUUGCUGUGAUACAAAGGAUCCGGGUAAAGAAGCCGCCCCCCAAUUGCGUGCCCGACUACAGGCCCCAGCAGAGUGAGCUCAUCACAAUUCACGUGCUGUGAAGUCAUCAUGAUGACAACCCCC